GUUCGUCCAGGUGGACCAGGAAAUGGCCCAGCCCCAGAGAGGCUUCUUUUCCCAUUAAGUCCCUCUUCUUCCUGGAGGGACGAUUGACCGUCUUUCCUCCGAGCGGUCAGUUAGCCUUUUGUGGCCACAGAGGCUGGCUGGCCGGCCAGGUCCUCUUCAGGCUUUGUCUCCAACUGCCACUGUGAGGAUUUUUUCCUUCCUUUCGGCAAAACAUGGCCCCCCCUCCCCACAACCUUGGCAGAAUUUCCACCCUGCUCUGCUCACAUCAUCCCAAUUUGCAGUGACACUUCUCUGCAUCAGAAGUUGGGAAAGUUCUCAAAGCCCAUCGAGUCCAACAGCCUGCCUUUUUAGGAACUCCGCUACAGUGUUAUUCCAAUGAUACUGCACUGUUAAUUAUUUUAAUCACCACUUUACUCUUGAGUUCAACAAAAUGAAUUCAACAUGCUUCUUCAUUUUUGUUUAGUGCCUCCAAGGCAGCCCAGCAGCCCUCAGUGAGGUUUAAAGCAAGGGAAGAGCACUAUGCGGCUAGCGUGGGACACGUGCGCUGGCUCCAGAUCUGCCUGCAAAAAGCCGAAACUCCAACCCAAGCGGAUAUUAAUGGCUUCUCCGCGCUCCACAUGGCGGCUUUGCAUGGCCGGUUGGACUGCAUCAAGAUGCUGGUGGAGAAAUACAGUGUCAAUGUGGACCUGGGCAGUUUGACGGGCUGGAGGGCCAUCCACCUGGUGCUGAGCAAGGAGGCGGGGGGCAUGGCGCUGGAGUGCCUGCAGUACCUCAUCAAGAAAGGUGCAGACGUCAAUGUGCAGAACCACAACGGGGUGUCUCCACUUCACAAGGCAGCCAGUGAGGGACGUGAGAACUGCAUCCAACCCCUUGUCGAUGCUGGUGCUGACGUCCAUGCCAAGGAUGCAGACGGCCAGGAGCCCCUGGAUCUCUGCAAAAUGUGGGGCCACAAGGCCACCGCAAAGUGCCUCCGUAGUGCCAUCUGGAAAAGGGAGAAGGCCAACUUUGCCCAGGAAGUCUGCAGACUGAAGGAAAUCAAAAUGGAAUGUGAGGCAAGGAGAAAAGAGUUCCUUAUAAGACAGCAGGCGGAGUUGGAUUUCUGUAACCACUGGGCGUACAAUGAGUGGUUGGCCAAGAAGGGUUUGCCUCUUCCCUCUGACCGGAUCCUGGGCUUUCUGGGAAGCAGGCGCCAGUCAGCAAACCUCUGGAAGUAUGUGGGGAAAACCAGCCUUCCAGUCCCAGUGCCCUCCCCCACAUCCCUAGACCUGGAGAAAAGGCCUGCCGCUCAGGUGCCACGUAAGCCACAUUGGGCGUGGAACUUCAGCACGAACCCUUCCUCCGCACCGGCGACUUGCAUCUUCCGGCCCAACACCAUCCGGAUCGGGGUUGACCCAGAAAAGGUUCCAGAUCCCGACUUCACCUCCUUCCUGUUUCUUUACAAGAAUGCCUUUGGACAGCCAGAAAUCCAGAUUGACAACAUGGAAAAAGUCCCCUUUGUGCCGGACCUCCCCUUUGACGUCCUGGAGAAGAGUCUCUACCCGCGCGCCCGACACACGCGCCUGGAGGUCCCAGAGGAUCUCAGGCCGAGGCACCUUCUGGAUCUGAAGCACAGGCGCCCCCCAGGCCCAGAGCACCAAUGGACAGACCAGAUGGCAGUGAGUCUGCGGCAGACCCUUGACCCUGCCUUUCUUGGCACGCUGAAGACCCACUUGUCCAGCUACAGCGACCCCAAAUGGCUCUCUCCGGGUCCGGCGUUGGAUCGCGCCCAGGGCAGCGAGACCUCUUCCCUCUUGAGCAGUAGUAGCCGCCGUGAGGAGUAGCCAGCUCCAUGGAUGGGCGCCAUGCUCCCGGCAACUCACAAGAGUUUCUUUUUAACGUUCUGACUCCAGCUGUAUGGCAGGACACAGCCUGUGGGCAGCAAUUGUCCAGCCGCCCUCUUAGGGACCAAAGAAUAUUAAUCUACUUGGCAUUCCCCUAUCUUGGUUGUGAGAGCACUGAAACCAGAAAAGGGCAUUAAACCAGUUCAUCUAAGGGUA